GACUUAGCCCAUCCUGGAAGCCGCCGCCCUGUCCUUACAGGAAGAGAGGGGCACCCACAAGCCGCCUCCACCCGAAUCAAGUCCUUCCCUCGACUUCUCAAUCCGCCAGCCUUCACAGCUCUCGCAUGUGUCAUGGUGCAGGCUGGUGGACGGACAAGACACCUGUCGUAUUUUGGGGUGCUCGUGGCAGAGACUUGCACCUCCCCCCCACCCCCGCGUGAUCCCAACAGCCCACCUGUAAUACCAGGUCCUAGAAGCUAGAGGGAGCCUUGCAGACGACGACAUUGGGGUGCCGGGUGGAAGGAGGGUCUGAAGAGGCACCAGCAAGACACUGCUGCACCGGGAGAGCCAGAUGAAGCUGCCUGUGCCCCAGGAGGAGGAGAAGCAGGUGUGGUGGGAGUGUGGUCAGUGACUCCCACGGCUGGCUCCCCACCCCCCCGCCCGCCCACCACCAUGGGACGACAGGCAAACAGCAGAAACUGGGGAACGAGCCUGGCAGGGCCCCUGGAGCUGCACAGAGGAAGAAGUGCAAAGCCACGUUCCUGCGGCAGCACAGGGCCUCCGCUGACCCCCAGCAGCCCCGCAGCCAGACGCUGCUGUGCCCAUGUGCUCGUGCCCAUGCUGAGGCCCAGAGAACUGCCGAGAACCUUGGCUCAGCUCCACGGAGUUGGCCCCCUCUUGGCCCUUGGAUCACAGCCUGGUUUCUCCUGCAGUGUUUACCCCUGUGUUUAGAGAAGGCACCCAGAGUUACCGAAAAGCCUAGUUUCCAUCCUCGCUUUGAAAAAUGCAUUCAGACAGGACCCAGAGAGCUUUUGAACUGAGAAGUUGUACGGUGAUGAAGCGCUGAGACAAAGCUGCCGGAGCGCCCUGGCUCAGACUCCGCGGGCUCUCCAGGAUUCUCUGCAGGCUUGGGGCCCGUCUGCUCUCCCAGCCCAGGCACCCAGAGGCCACUAUUCCCCCAGGGACCGCCUGCCCCACUGACAGCCCGGGGCAAAGAGCUGAGAGCAUUUUACCUACUGUCUUAUGGGUUGAUCUCAGCCCAAGUGAGGAAUCUAUGGAAUUCCCACAAGAUCCCAAGCCCGCAAGACCGCGGCAGGGAGGGCCCAGUGACUGAAGCAGGAGUGAGGGUGGCAGCAGGGUCGGGACCCCCACCAUCUGUUGGGGACCACGAGACAAGAAGCCAGGAUCCCGAGUGCAGGGUGAGGCCAUGGAGAUGAUGGCACCUCCACCCUAAUUGUUCUUUACGCCUUCCUUCCAGUUUGCAGGGAGCUUGUGCUUCUCUCUGCACGAAGCGGAAAAUCGACAGGGGAGCUCCCGGAGGGAUGGAGCCUCCCCUUAACUGCUUCGAGGCUUUAGGACAGGCUGCGGUGCCAAGCCAGCCAGAGGGCUGGGUAGCCUGGCAGAGCCUUCCUGCCCCCACUGACUCUGAGAGGCUCUCAGGCUGCCGAGAUUACCAUGGCCCCUUUAGUAUUACUGCUUUAUUUUUUAAAAUCACUUUCUUAAUUUCCUUUGUGGUGGGGAAACGGAAAUUGCGGAUUCAGCGGUUGGCCUUUCCUGUUCCCGCUGCAUCUUCGCUGUCAUGAGGCUGCUUUCUCGGCACUGCAGACCCGAGGGGGUCGUGGCAUCAGGGCCCUGGGCCCACCCCCGCCCCUGGUGUCUCGGGCCUUCAGCGGAAGCCUGCCUUGUCCCCAGCUCCUUGGCCUGUCCGAGCGCAGCGGGGGUUGGGGGGGCAGGCAGGCACAGGUGGCUGGGAGCUUUCCAGGGGAGGCUCCCAUUAGCCCUUGCCAAGCUGACACCGUAGGCUAGUGCUGCUGUCCAACCCCUUUUACAGACCAGGAGAGUGAGGCCAGAGGUGGGGUCGCUCAGCCUGUCCCCACAAGCUAGUGGGUGCUGAGGCCAGAUUGCAGGGGGUCUGACUCUAGAGCAGUUCAGCAGAAGCCCCACCCGGCCAAGGCGGGUCACAGAUGAUAGGGCCACAGAGUCAGGAAGUGGCUGGGCCUGGCUGGCACCGCGGGGUCUGCACGCCGAGCCCCCACCAUCCCGGCAGGACCCACGUCUGUGUGUUCCCUGGACACUUCCCCCGGAGGCACUGGUGCCCUCGGUGGAGAUGGGCUCCUGGCUGAGCUGUGUGUUGCUGGGUGGAGGGAGAAGCAUCUGCGUCCCGCCCUCGAAAGCUGCUCUCGCGUCUCACGCGGGAACCUUGGUCUGGACCCCGCCUCCUUCAGCCGAGGCCCCCUGCCCUGAAGGCUGAGAUAGAGAAGCCUGAUUUGCCCCCAGAGCGAGCCCCAAAGCGCCCAGGGCUGACAGAAGGGGUUGCGGACCCAGUGCAAAGUGCUCCUUUGGCAGCUGUGGGCUUUGGAGGCGCGCAGAGGCUUUAUGUGUCCGUAACAGAUGUGGGCUCUGCAGCCCCUCCGUGCCCCCAGUUCGAGGUGGCUCGUGUGCUUGGCGGCGUUCUUGGUUUUCUGUCUUGGGGUUGGUUUCACCUGCGGUCCGCCGGCCCUGGUGAGGUUGGGAGGCAGCUGGGCAGCUCUGCGCCAGAGGCAGCGAGGGCAGUGCGCGAUGCGGGGUCCUGUCCCAGGAGCCUGUGUCCCUCUGUGUCCCUGUCCCAGGCCUGCAGCCCGGGCCCCGCUUCCCCCACCCCCACCCCCACCCCCAGCAGGUCCUGCCAGCUGGCGGCUCUGGGAGUCUGAAAGCCGGGGACAUGGCCGUGUGACAAAGCACAUCUUAGAUUUUAAUACUCGCUCACACUAUAUAUAGCCCUCUGGGGCCUGGCCUCGGGGCAACAGAGAAGCGAGGAGAGCGUUUAACGCAAAGUGCAGCGGGGCCGAGAAGAAGGUUUAAAACUGGUGCCACAGCUGACGGGGGGGCAGGCAAAGGCCCGGAGAGGCGGGAGGUGCACUCGCGUGUAACUUCGGCCUCCUAGAGAAGGGGGUGUCCCUGUCAUCGCGGAUAAGCUCGCUUAGCAGCUGGGGAAGGAAGGAGAAUGGGGGACCCGCAGGCGCGGGAAGCUGCGCUGGCGCACGCGUAGGAGACGCGUGGGUAACACCGUCCCCAUGUGUGGAAGGAAUUGUGUGAAUUCGUGUGUAUUUUCCACAUUCGUUCUUCUUUUAUAUUAAAGGCAUUUGUUCUUACAGAGUUUUUAUCUAGAGGCCAUGGGGUUUGUUUUCAGACUCAGUCGUGUCCGCUGAACCUGAAGAUUCAGGGUUUUGGAGCCGUAGACCUGUCACCGAGUGAAACACAAACUCCGGAAAAGACAGGGGGGGGGUUUGAAGGUGGAUGUGGGUCGGAAGCAGGUCCCUCAGUCCUGAUCCAGCCCGGGGGGGGGGGCGCCGACUAGGAGGUGACGUGCUGGGCAGGAGCGGUGACCCUGCCCCCCGGAGAGCUCUGUUCCCGGGCCGCGCCUGCCUUCCCGCCAGCUGCGUGAGCUCUGAGUCAGCUGGGGACAGUCUUUGUGGGAAGGUGCCACCCUUGUGGGACCACAUCCCAGCACCUCGCCCUCUCCUGCCAGACACCUCGCUGUGGAAAUAAACACUCAAAACCACCAGGAAAAGGACAGAGAGCACGCUGGAGCCAGGCCUUGGGACCAGCUGACACUCGGGCCACAGGUGCACCAGCUCCCAAGUUGCACGUGGCAGCAGGUUGCAGGGCUGCAGGAUUCUAGGAGGUUUGGCAGAGGCCGAGUGCAGAGAACACACGUGCUCAGGCUGAGCGUCCUGCUCCUGGUUCGCUGCCCCGGGAGAAAGCGAGCCCGGAUUCUUCUGGAGUAUCGGUCUGAGCCGCGUGUUGUGGUCAUGCUGUCAUCACCUCCUCCCGGGGCAGGAGCGCCGGUGGGGAAGGAUUGCAUCAGGCCCGGGCCGGGGCCUGAUUGGUCCCCAGCGGCUGGGUUCCCUGCGGAGCCGAGUAGGAACGUCCCCACUGCCCAGACCGCCUGCCCGCCAGGGUCCGUCCCCACCGCGGCCGUCUGGAGGGGGCCCUGCCUGCCCGGGACAGUUGGGAGAGGCUGGGGACAAACUCCCCUUCGAGAGGCAGUCCCGGUUUAAAAUGCCGACUUGCUCCUCUGACUGCCUUUUCCGAGCUGUUGAGGAUGUUAAAGUCUUUAGUGAAGAUGGGACGUGCAAAGUGGUGGAGAUUCUGGCGGACAUGACAGCCAGGGACCUGUGCCAGUUGCUGGUUUAUAGAAGUCAUUGUGUGGAUGACAACAGCUGGACGCUGGUGGAGCACCACCCGCAUCUGGGAUUAGAAAGGGGCCUGGAAGACCACGAGCGGGUGACCCAGGUGCAGCACACGCUGGCGAGCGAAAGCAAAUUUUUAUUCCGGAAGAAUUACGCGAAAUAUGAGUUUUUCAAAAAUCCCACGAAUUUCUUCCCCGAACAGAUGGUUACCUGGUGCCAGCAGUCCAACGGCAGUCAGACCCAGCUUUUGCAGAAUUUUCUGAACUCCAGUAGUUGUCCUGAGAUUCAAGGGUUUUUGCACGUGAAGGAGCUGGGAAGGAAAUCGUGGAAGAAGCUGUACGUGUGUUUGCGGAGAUCAGGCCUCUACUGCUCCACGAAGGGCGCUUCGAAGGAGCCCAGACACUUGCAGCUGCUGGCCGACCUGGAGGACAGCAGCAUCUUCUCCCUGAUCGCCGGCAGGAAGCAGUACGGCGCCCCCACGGACUACGGCUUCUGCAUCAAGCCCAACAGGGUCAGGACCGAGGCCAAAGAGCUGCGCUUGCUCUGCGCCGAGGACGAGCAGAGCCGGACGUGCUGGAUGACGGCCUUCAGGCUCCUCAAGUACGGAAUGCUCCUCUACCAGAACUACAGGGUCCCGCAGCAGAGGAAGGCCGUGCUGUCCCCCUUCUCAGCUCCCGUGCGCAGCGUCUCUGAGAACUCCCUCGUGGCGAUGGAUUUUUCUGGGCAAACGGGAAGAGUCAUCGAGAACCCGGCCGAGGCCCAGAGUGCAGCGCUGGAAGAAGGCCACGCCUGGAGGAAGCGAAGCACGCGGAUGAAUAUCCUAGGUAGCCAAAGCCCCCUCCACCCUUCUACCCUAAGUACAGUGAUUCACAGGACGCAGCACUGGUUCCACGGCAGGAUCUCCCGGGAGGAGUCGCACCGCAUCAUCAAGCAGCAAGGGCUGGUGGAUGGGCUUUUUCUCCUCCGUGACAGCCAGAGUAAUCCAAAGGCAUUUGUCCUCACACUGUGUCAUCAUCAGAAAAUCAAAAACUUCCAGAUCUUACCUUGCGAGGAUGACGGGCAGACCUUCUUCAGCCUCGACGAUGGGAACACCAAAUUCUCCGACUUGAUCCAGCUCGUUGACUUCUACCAGCUGAACAAAGGAGUCCUGCCUUGCAAACUCAAGCACCACUGCAUCCGAGUGGCCUUAUGACCUCAGACCCGCCCUUGGCUGCAGACUGGAGGGGCCGACACUGGAACCAGGAGGUCCGUGCAUCGUUCAGAACGCGCGCUGUCUCUACCUGGGGACUCAGAGCAAGAUCCGUUCGUUCUGUGCCGACCGACCGAGGUUGGCUGGUUUGUUGGACUCGAGGCUGAUCUGCUGCUGCAGAUCCAGCAGGGCCGCCGCGCUCGCGCCACCUCUUCCACGAGGGCGCGGGGGAGCAAAUUCGAGAAUAAGCUGGGGUGACGGUCUUGGCCGGGCCGCGGCAGCGCCAGAGGCGGAGAGGAGUGGUUGGAAAUGAACUCUUGCCCUGGAAUAACCUUGACAAUUAAAACCGCUAUGUUUACUGUUUUGUAUUGAUCCUUUUUUUGCACUCCUCGUUUUCAGUAUUGUAUUCAGCUUACAGCAGGGGAACGUGGCAGAGGCGCCUCCAGAGGCUGUCUCCAGGGGUGCUGUUGCCUUCCGCAGGUCCCUCCGGGUCACAGACACCCAGCCCUGCCCACUAUACUUGAACGCUUGUUGAGAUAAAAGGUGUCCGCUGUGGUGGGUGAUUGGCGCGCUCUGUGCCCAAGCGGGCUGCCUGGCUGCUCUGAGCAGGCGCCCCCUCUCGCGCUGGCCGUGGCGUGUGUCCUCACCGUGCGGGAGGCUCGCUUCUCCAGAAAACUCGCUGUCCCGCAGCAGAGCUGAGGGGCCAUGCCUGGAGUUGGCUGCAGGCCAGCCUACCUGAGACACAGUGGGUACCCACUGCUACCCUCGGGGGUGCCAGGCUGCUUGGCCCCCCUGGAGACCUUCCAGCCGGUUCUAGAACCAUCACUGCCUUCCCUCUGCAGUGCUGCUGGCUUUUCAGGGCUGUCCUGACUCCCUUGGGGGAUGAGAGGAUGUACCAGGAAGUGGUACCCACCUGGCCUGCUUCCCUGUCCCCUGGGUUUCCAUGGCAAUAGAGAUGGGAACACUGAGGAGGCAGCCCAGCACAGGAAGGUCUUUGCUUGGUGGCCUCCAUCCUGCUGAGACCCCCGGACGCCAGCAAGUGUGAGGUGGCAGGCAGCUCUUCUGCUGGCCCACGGUCACGGCAGCGCUGGCUGGCGCACGCUGCGUCUCACUGUAGGAGCUAAAUCAGAGGGGGGCUCAAGUUGUCCCCACCCCUUCACCCUGUCCCCGUAGCUGGUCUUCCGGGGUGAGGGCAGCCGUGUCUUUACCUCUGAUCUCUGCGGAGUAGAAAGGGCUCCUGGAGCAGCGGUGGGCACCAGACGAAGGCGGACUUCCUGCCCCGGGUCACCGUUGCCACACUUGUAUGCGCCCCCCCAGCCUGUGCUGCCCACUGGGCAGCCUGGGCCGCACCUGCCACAGCGCUCCCCAAGGAAAACACAUGGCUUAGGGCCAUGACGCCUACCCGCUGUACCUCGGCUCGUGGUGUAGACACUGUAUGCUAGUUGACAAGCCACACUAGUUGUUCUCAAAUGAAGAAUUUUUAGUAACACAUGUUUUUAACCAUGAAUGCUCAGUUGCGUUAUUUUUCAUUUUUUGGGUGUUUUUUUGUUAUCUGUUAACCUUCCCCCCAUUGACAAUUAGGUAAUUCUCAAGCCGUCCCUAACAGCCGCUACCACUGGAGGGACUCAGGCUCUAGUUACACUGUUAGACAUUUUUCUCCUCACUGGUUGGCUGAAAAACCUUUAAAAAACCAAAAAAAAAAACAAAAAACAAAAAAAAAAACAGCAAAACAAACAAAAAAAGCCCACCUCUCCCAUUUCUCUUUCCUGUUUACGUAGACCCGUCUCCACCAGCGAGAUGAGAUGCUGCCCUAGGCUACAGAGAGCUAGGACCUGCUGUAUCGCAUAUUUAUAAAUAUACGUUUUAUUUAAAAGGAGAACUAAAGCUUGACUCUGACUCACGGCUCUGUGUGUGUCCCUUCCCAGCGCAGUGACACGUCAGAACCUGACCCACCCCCCCCCACCCCUCACGGCCCCCACCGCCCGCCUUGUGCCAGGUGGCCGGGGUCCACCUGCCAACAGCCAGUCCCUGCAAGAGGCGGGCGUCCAGCCUGGCCAGCCAGGGGCUGAAGGACAUGCGACUUUAAUUUUUGUAUUUAACUAUGAAUGUAAAUGGGACAGCUCUCAGGGUCAUUUUUGGAGCCUGUUGACUUUAUCUCUCUGCCUGUGAUUUUCUGUUCUACACGGCAACUCUAUGUAGCAAAACCCUCCCCUGAACUGAGAAGGAAAACGCCAAAUGCUUUGGGUGUCAGGGUAGGGAUCUCUGUUCCCUUAGGCGUUUGAGUUCCAGAACGUUCUUCUGUCUGCUAAGCCUUGAAGGAACCUGUGCCUCCGUCGAGAUGUUUUGUCCUCUCUUUUCCGCACUUAGUACCUGAGGGUUUGACCAGUCGGCACACCUUGGCAGGGGUGGGUUGUCAUGUCCCCGGGCAAACUGCAGUGACCAUGAGACGGCCUGACGUGGAAUCGUUUUCAGGGAAUGCAGAAGGCGUGAAGAGACACAACCUUGAUUCCAUGUGCUUCGCUUCUUUCUGUACACGGUUCUUCGACUCGUGAACCGAAUUGUAAACCUUCAGGUAUUUUUGUACAAAUAAGGGACUGAUGUUCUGUUUCUUGUAAUUAGAAAUAAACAUGGAUACAGCGUUCUCCACUUUC